UUCUUUUUUUGAACAAUAUAUUUAAAAUCUUCUCAUUUAAACAAAUGAGGCUUCCAAAUCGGCAAUAUUUUUCUGGUAAAAAUAAUUUUUGACUAGAUUUUACUUACUCUACAGCUAAAUUCUGAAUUACCGAACCCUAUCUUUUUCAGACAGAAAGCGGUUCCUUUUCUUGAGAAAAAAAAAAGUAAAAAAAAAUAUCAUGUUUUUUACAUCGGAUCUUUUCUUACGAUGUCAAUUAAAAGUAGUAAAAAAGUCAAAAGAAUUUUUUUGGUAAAGAAAAAGUCAAAAGAAAGUUUUGUAAGAUUCCUUGCAUCUACUAUCUGAUCACAUUUCAAUAGUUUCAUGGAUUACUCAAACUAGACAUGUUUAGGUUGUUCCAUGCAACAUUGAAAACUUGCAUGCUCCUACGACAUCCACUAAAGCCUCUAACGUUGAAACUCUUGUCCCCUCUCUUUUUACAUUUUUCUCCUCCUACGUUUUCUUCACUUCUUUCUCAAUCCUCUCUCCAAUUCCAUCCCAUUUCCACACACCAUUAUGACCCUUUUCUAUCUACUUUACUACUUGCUCUGAAAUCUUCAUCCUCUGUCUCAAUUUACAGAAUCAUUCAUGCCCAUGUGAUCAAAUAUCUUGAUUAUCGUGAUGGGUUCAUAGGUGAUCAAUUGGUAUCUUGUUACCUCAAAAUGGGUUCUACCCAAGAUGCACUUUUGUUGUUUGAUGAAAUGCCUAACAAAGAUUUUGUUUCAUGGAAUUCUUUGGUAUCUGGGUUUUCAAAAAGUGGACAACUUGGUUACUGCUUGAGUGUGUUUUGUAAGAUGAAAUCUGAUUCAGUAAUGAAAUUAAAUGAGCUUACUUUUAUAUCUGUUAUAUCGGCUUGUGUAUCGGAGAAAGCGAGUGAUGAAGGCUAUUAUGUUCAUUGUUGUGCAUUGAAAUUGGGUUUGGUGUUUGAGGUGAAGGUUGUUAAUGCUCUUGUUAAUAUGUAUGGGAAGUUUGGCUUUGUUGAAUCUUCUUUCAAAUUGUUUUGUGAAAUACCGGAGAGUGAGAAGAGUAUGGUGUCUUGGAAUUCAAUUGUUGCAGUUUGUGCUAUAAAUGGAAUGCCUGAUGAGGCUUUUAAUUGUUUUGAUAUGAUGAGGGUUAAUGGGUUUUUUCCUGAUGAAGCCACGAUGGUGAGUUUGCUUCAAGCUUGUGAAAAUUUUCCUUUGGGAAGAUCGGUUGAGGCUUUACAUGGUGUAAUUUUUACCUGUGGUCUUGAUGGAAAUGUAACAAUUGUGACUACCCUUUUGAACUUGUACUCAAAGUUAGGGAGAUUGAAUGAUUCUGGCAAGGUAUUUUUAGAGAUAAGUAAACCUGAUAAAGUGGCAUGGACUGCAAUGCUUGCAGGUUAUGCAAUGCAUGGGCGUGGGAAAGAAGCAAUUGAGUUCUUUGAAAGGGUUGUAAAGGAAGAAGGAAUGGAGCCUGAUCAUGUUACUUUUACUCAUUUGUUAAGUGCAUGUAGCCAUUCAGGGCUUGUCAUGGAAGGAAAAUACUACUUCAAGAUCAUGUCUGAUGUUUACAAAGUUCAACCACGAUUGGAUCAUUAUUCAUGUAUGGCUGAUCUUCUCGGUCGUUGUGGUCUACUCGAUGAUGCUCACGAACUGAUUAAGAACAUGCCAUUCAAGCCAAAUUCUGGAGUCUGGGGUGCCCUUCUUGGUGCUUGUAGGGUUCAUCGAAACAUUGAUCUAGGGAAGGAAGCCGCGGAGAAUUUGAUUGCAUUGGAUCCAUCAGAUCCUAGAAACUAUAUCAUGCUGUCGAACAUGUAUUCUGCUGCAGGUUUGUGGAGUGAUGCAUCAAAAGUAAGGACUUUAAUGAAGGCUAAAGUUCUCACACGAAAUCCUGGAUGUAGUUUUAUUGAACAUCGGAAUAAAAUCCACCGUUUUGUUGUAGAUGAUUACACUCACCCUGAUUCACAUAGAAUACACAAAAAGCUAGAAGAGGUUAUGAGAAAAAUUCAAGAGGCUGGAUUUAUGCCCGAAACAGAAUCAGUUCUCCAUGAUGUUAAUGAGGAGGUGAAAAUGGAUAUGAUCACCAAACAUAGUGAGAAAAUAGCUCUUGCAUAUGGACUUUUGGUCAGCAAUGCAGAUUUGCCGUUAGUUAUAAUAAAAAAUCUAAGAAUAUGCCGUGAUUGUCACAACACUGCAAAAUUUGUGUCAAUGGUAGAGAAGCGUACUAUCGUUAUCCGAGAUACAAAGCGAUUUCACCAGUUCUCAGAUGGAUUAUGUUCAUGCGGUGAUUAUUGGUAGUGUUCAUCAUUAGAGAAAGAGUUUAAGAGUAAACUGAAAGUGUUUUUAUAGACUCGGAAACUUACACAAUUGGUUAAAAUAAUCGGAACUACCUAUGGAUGAUUGAUAAUUUCUAUAUUGUCUUGGAGAUGAGCAACUCUUGUAGGAGGUGAAACGUUAGUUAGAACACCAACCACUUGAUCUUGAGCAGGUAUUUGGCACCCAUGAAGAAGUGUAGAGAGAACCUGUUUUCCUUAAAGAAGUGAUCAAUCAAGCAUCACAUAUUUGGUUAUGUGAGCGAAAACCAUGGAGUUUUAGCUGGUGUACGGGUCAAGCUGCAAUAUUCAUUCUCGGUUCAAGAACGAGCUACCAAGGAUUGUUUCUUAGAGCAAAAAGAUAUAAUGUUGGGCCGAGAAAAUGCAAGAAUCAUAGGUAGAUCGCGUAUCAUGUCGACUGUUAGGCCAAAAGCAUUACAAAAGGUAUAGGCAUAUAAUGUUAAGGAGGAUACAAAUUAGCAUGAUGGUUAGAUAUAGUACCUGUAAGUGUCUGUUUAGAUAGAAUAGUUUUAAACAACAAUGUUUUUUUAAGAAAUAAUUAAAUUGAUUUGGGUUAAAAUGAGGAAUUGGAAGUACCAUCCAUGAUCCACCUAAUAAGAGAUAAUUUCUUGUAUGCAUUAGAAUUUAGAAAUCUUAGAAAUGAAGUAUCAAUAACCAACUAAUAUGCAGCCAUGUAUUGAUUUUAUUUUAUUGUAUUUAAGUCUCUAUUUUAGAAAUCUAAAACAGAUUGUAGAAGAAAAUUACAUUUUUUUCCUUGAUUCAUUCAUUCAUGUGAUGGAUUGGAAUAUUUUUUGGAUUAUGAGGAUUUGUUCCUACCCUCCCUACAAAUGAACCAAGAACAAGCCGCUUCAUUCGAUCAACCAUCUCCAAAUCAUUUGUGACUUUUCCGUUAAAGGUAAUAUCACCGUGUUCCGAUUAAAUACACCAAACCGUUGUUAACCAAAUUAAAUGUUAAACCUUCUUGCCAUUCUUACCUUUGCACAGCAAAUUAAACGAAAGAAAAUUAUCAACUAACUCGGUGCUCUCUCCGCUUCCCAAUCCAAUCAUUUAAAGAUUAAA